AUGAAGCCCGUCGUUGGUUCCAUGCAAGCAUGGUCUUGCGUGGUCAUCUCGGCCUUUGCCAUCCUCAUCCUCUCCGUCAUCGGCUCCCUGUUCCGCAGCGGACACCACGAGUUCCUCGGCAGCAACGACGACCCUGAUCCCAAGGUCGCAGGCGAGAUUGCGAGCACCAUUUUCAUCGCCGUUGUCGUCUAUGCCGGGUUCUUGAUCUUCUGCGGUUUCCAGGGCAUGCUCCACGUGAGGGAGUCGAGGCGAGGUGCGAUUGCCCUAUAA